AUGACCUGGGCCAUUUCUCAUGGUAGACAUCGUUGCAAUCUUCGACACCCAUCGUACAGAUAUCUUGAGCGGCCAGAGCAGAAAGCAUCCAGUCCUCAGCCAGCAAAUGAAGAGCCAAAACCGCGACAACCAAAUUCUUACGCAACCGUCUUAGCGAAAAACAAACCUCCAGAACCUAAAAAAUUUUGCGUCGACUUACGUAGCGACCUUAUAACGAAGAAUACUUUGGAGGAAGAAUGGCCAGCUCUUGGAUCGCCUGAACAAGGACUGACUAUCAAAGGUCCGGACGAGAGAUCCAAAGCUACGGCGGAUCAACUUGAAAACGAUAGAUUAUUCGCAGAAAACUUACAAGAUAGCGAAUACACGCAGUUUAGCGAGUAUGACGAGAACGACGAAGAUAAUUACAAUCCAGAAGAACAGAAUGAAAAAACUUCUGGAGAGAACGAAGAAGAUAAUUACAAUCAGGAAGAAGAAAGUUAUGAUGACAACGACGGAGAUAAUUGCAAUCCAGAAGAACAGGAAGAAGAAACUAAUGAAAAGAACGAAUUUCGUUUGACGGGCACCACGAGAUAG